CUCCCGACGACGUCGUGCACGGCCUCCCCAACACGACCAGGACAUCGCUAGAACAUCCUGGGUCGACUUCAACCAUGAGGAGCAGACUUCUACAAAAGGGCGACUCCGCAGACUGUGGCUCUGGCGGUGGCGACCAGGGCGACCUCAACCUGCGAGUUGCGUCCAUCUUCGUAAUCCUCGCGGGAUCAAUGCUAGGUGCACUCUUUCCUGUACUCUCAAGACGAACGAAGUGGCUUGGAGCCAGAGUUCCAAAACGCGCUUUCGACACAGCGAAGUACUUUGGCAGCGGCGUCAUCAUUGCUACCGCCUUCAUUCAUUUACUUGAUCCUGCAGUUGACGAACUGAGUUCACCAUGUCUUUCGCCUGCAUGGCAAGAAUACCCUUAUGCUAUGGCGAUAGCUCUCAUCAGCAUAUUUAUGAUCUUUAUUAUCGAGCUCCUCGCCUUCCGUUGGGGCACUGCGAAGCUUGCCGCGCUAGGGAUCGAGCACGAUCCACAUGGGCAUGGGAUUUCCCACGACGACAAAAUCGGCACACUUGCGGCGCACGGUCCAGAACUGGACAGCGAGCGAACGACGAGCAGAACAUCUAGCUCGUCAGAACAAGAGGUCACGGUCCUCGAGAAGGGGCACGACAUUGAACUCGCGCUGGAGAAAAAGCCGCACCAUGACGACCGCGAACGUUCGCAUGGACACUCGCAUGGUGCUGUUGACGAAAGUGCGGCGACACAAAUCGUCGGCAUCGCCAUUUUGGAGUUUGGUGUUGUUCUGCAUAGCGUGCUGAUCGGCUUGACGCUUGCUGUCACCGACAACUUCAAGAUACUCUUCAUUGUGCUGAUCUUCCACCAAACAUUUGAAGGUCUUGGAGUGGGCUCGCGGUUGGCAUACAUGGAGCUACCACACCAGUACAACUACAUACCAAUCCUCGGCGCUGCCCUGUUCGGAAUAACAACUCCGAUAGGCAUCGCGAUUGGCCUUGGCGUGCGGUCGAGCUACAACCCUGGCAGUGCAACAGCUAGCAUCGUCAGCGGAGUGCUUGACGCCUUUAGCUCAGGAAUUUUGAUCUACACUGGUCUGGUCGAGCUCCUCGCGCACGAGUUCCUCUUCAACAAGGAGAUGAUCAACAGCUCGACCGGCAAGCUGCUCUACGCCCUGGGUUGCAUGAUGGCUGGGUGUGCGCUCAUGGCAGUUCUCGGCCGCUGGGCGUGAGAGCUGUCCGCUUCUGCACCUUUCAGCCUUAUACGAAGACAGGCUACGGAUCGUACACCGGGCUCGCAGCGCCGCCGCGGCGCAACGAUAUCGGGCACAAGUAGCUUAUACCGCCAUAUCGUUAUUGCCAACUUAUUUGUCUUGGUUCACACACCACACGUAUACAUAUAUCGUUCCUUCCGUGUUUUUCUUGCAUCAUCUUGCUUGUAUGAUCGCUCUUCCAUGACCUAACCAUCUUGUCGCUGUCUUCAUUCUUGCACCCGGCUUCUUGCUUG